UGCGGUGGGGCAUGAGGAGUGAAGAAAAGAAGAAGAAGAGGGAAAAGAAGAGAGGAGGAAGAAGAGAGGAAGAAAAGGGAGAAGAGAAGAAGAAGAAGAAGAAGAAGAAGAAGAAGAAGAAGAGGUGGCUGCAGCGAGGGCUGCAGCGAGGAGCUGUGGGGAGUGGGGAGAAGAAGAGAGGAAGAAGAGGGAGAAGAGAAGAAGAAGAAGAAGAAGAAGAAGAAGAAGAGAGGAGGAUAGCUGCGGCAAGGCUGCAGCGAGGAGGUGUGUGGCUUUGGGGAGGAAAAGGAAAGAGGAGAAGAAGAGAAGGAGAAGAAGAGGGAAAAGAGAGGCAGCUGCAGCAGCCAGGGCUGCAGCACCUCUGUUUCCCGCAGGUGGAAACAGAGGAGAGGAUGUGUGGGGCGUUGAGGAUGAAAAGGGAAGAAGAAGAAGAAGAAGAAGAAGAAGAUAGCUGCGGCAAGGCUGCAGCGAGGAGAUGUGUGGCCUUGGGGAGGAAAAGGGAAGAGGGGAAGAGGAGAAGAAGAAGAAGAGGAAGAGAAAGAGGUGUGAUACCUCUGUUUCCUGCAGAGGAAACAGAGGAGAGGGUGUGUGUGACGCCGGGGAAGAAGGGGCUGCAGCUGCGGCGGUGGCAGCUGCAGCUGGAAGAGAAGAAGAAGAGGAAGAUGAGCAGGGGAGGAGGGAGAGGUUGCGGCCGUGGCUGCGGCCGCGACUGCAGCAGUUGCAGCGGGGAGAGAAGAAGAAGAAAGGAAGGAGAAGGAAGAGGAGAAGGGAAAGAAGUAGCUGCGGCUGCGGUUGUGGCAGCUGCAGCUAUGGCAGGGAAAGAGGAAGAGAAAAAGGAAAGGAAGAAGAAGAGAAAGGGAAGGAGAGGAAGAAGAGAGGAAGAGGAGAAGGGGCUGCGGCUGCGGCGAUGGCAGCUGCAGCUGUGGCAGGGAAAGAGAAAAAGGAAAGGAAGAAGAAGAGAAAGGGAAGGAGAGGAAGAAGAGAGGAAGAGGAGAAGGGGCUGCGGCUGCGGUGAUGGCAGCUGCAGCUGUGGCUGGGAAAGAAGAGAAGGAAAGGAAGAAGAAGAGAAAGGGAAGGAGAGGAAGAAGAGAGGAAGAGGAGAAGGGGUGGCAGCUGCGGCAGUGGCAGCUGCAGUUGGAAGAGAAGUAGGAGAGGAAAUAGAGUAGCAGAGGAAGUAGAGGCUGCGGUUGCGGUGGCUGCGGCCAUGGCUGCGACUGUGACUGCGGCAGUUGCAGCUGGGAAAGAAAGGAAAGGAAAGGGGGAAAAAGGGGCUGCGGACGGGAUUGCGGCCGCAGCGGCAGCGACUGCGUAUGCAGCAGUUAUGUCUGCGAGAGAAGGGAGGAAGGAAGGUAGUGCGGUGGAAGGGGCUGCGAUUGUGGCAGCGGCAGCGGCGGCGGCUGUGGCAGCUGCGUUUGGGAAAGAAAAAGAAGGAAUGAGAGUAAGAGAGAGCAGGUGACUGUGCCUCGAUGUUCGACACGUGGUGUAGUUGCGAAGAAAGGAAGAAAACGGGAGCACAAAACGAAACAGAGAGAGGACACGGAGGAAAAGUAGAAGGAUUUGGGCUAGCACCUUCUUUGGAUCUUCGGAUCGAAAUCCUUGAAAGGUCAGCUUGUCACUCUUCGAGAUGUUUGAUUUGGGCUGAGGCAGUGGAUAGCUAUUCAGAAUGAUGGGCAAGUCUGGUUGAUUAUUACGAUAUUGUUGUAUAAGUAUGUUUUGUAUGUAAUGAAAUGUUGUCGAUGAACCGAAAUGGAUAUACUGUGUCAAAGUGUUAGGAGAUCUCUCUUAUUUGGAAUUUCGGAAUGUUAAGUCUAAUUUAUGACGAUAUGAACUUGUGGUGAAUAGUUGGAGUUCUGAUUUUAUAAUUUAUUUAGCUUGUGGAUUUAUAAA